AUGGUACCGCACGUCCAAAAACUGGACGCCAGUUUGAAUCAGUUUAAUUUGACGGCAACAGGUUUCGGAAAAUUGCAUUUAUAUCUUAUGCAUGAGUAUAACAGCGAUACGCAGUUAACUAGUGAUCAGAAAAUAACUGAUAUCAUUAUGUGCAACAGUAAUGAUAAUACGCUAAAAUAUAAUAUCAAUGUCAAUGAGUUUACUAUACCUACUGGCGUACAGUUGGCUAGCAAACAAACAUUCAAUGUUUAUAUGACUGAUAACAAUGAUGUAGUUGUAAUGAAUAAUAAGGAUUUAAAUCAAAUGUGCUAUAAGUUUAACGCGUAUUUGACCAGGUUCGGGUUGGGUUCGGGUUUGAAAUUUGGAUCUAGGGAUCGGGUCGGGUUCGGGUCGAGUCUGUUUGGGUUCGGGCUGGGUCGGGUAGAAGAAUUUGUCGACAUUUCGGUCACUAAUAUGGGGAACUAA